AUGUCUUUCCUAUCUGGACCGUCCAAGAGGUCCUCGGAUAUCUCAAAUGGACCUGUAACUUACAGACAUUUGCUGAGUCCCCAAGCUAUGACUGUUUUUAAUCCAUUAAGAACGAUAGCUCAUUGUGAUAUUGAUGCGGCUUAUGCACAAUUUGAACAGAUCCGACUUGGUCUACCUGAUGAUAUACCAUUGAUCUGCGCUCAGUGGCAAAGUAUCAUUGCUGUCAAUUACCCAGCCCGAAAAUAUGGAAUCAAAAGAUUCACGACGCUCGACGAAGCAAGGAAGAUGUGUCCUCAUCUGGUCGUACAACAUGUAGCUACCUAUAGGAACGGUGAGAGCGAAGCUGGGUAUUGGGGUGAAGUAGAUCCACAAACUCAUAAAGUCAGUCUGGAUCCAUAUAGAAGAGAAAGUUUGAAGAUCUUAGCUAUUUUCAAAGAGAUGGUAACCAAAGGUGAAAUAGAGAAAGCAUCCAUCGACGAAGCUUUUCUGGAUCUCACGCCUAUGGUCAUUGACAAACUCUUAUUGUUACAUCCUUAUUUAUCGAUCAUACCGGAUGAUGCACCCGAAGGAAUAGAUUCGACUUUACCCCCUCCUCCACCUAUCAAUUGGUCAAAAGCAGGAAACGUCUUUCCUAUUAACGGAAUGAUUGAUGCCGCUUCACAAGAGGAAGGAGAUGAUCAGAGGAGUGAAGAUGGGGACGGAGAGAUAGAAGAAAGAAGGAGGGAUUGUAGAGAUACGUGGGAAGAUUGGGCCUUGUGUAUAGGUGCCGAAAUAAUGAAAGAUACAAGAGAUGAGGUUUUCAGACAAUUACAUUACACUUGUUCAGCUGGUAUCGCUCACAACAAAGCUAUGGCGAAACUCUGCUCAGCAUGGAAGAAACCUAAUAAUCAGACUGUACUACGAGGUGCUGCUACAGGAGCUUUCCUCAGAGACAGGGACUUCACCGAUAUCCGAACGCUGGGCGGUAAGCUGGGAAAUGCGAUAGCGACUGAAUAUAGCGCCAAAACUGUUGGCGAUAUGCUUCUUGUUUCGCUCGAUGAGAUGCAGAGUCGUUUCGGCGAGGAAAGUAUCUGGGUAUACAAUAUAUUACGGGGUAUUGAUCAUACGGAAGUGAAAGGUCGAGUAGCGACGAAAUCAAUGUUGGCUUCCAAGAACGUAAGACCUAAUGUUAGAACUCCCGAACAAGGUCAUCAUUGGUUAUCUGUUCUGUCUGGAGAAUUGAACGUCCGUUUGAGAGAAGCGAGAGAAGUAGCCCCCGGUUUAUGGCCAAAAACGCUUGUCCUGAGUACAAGGCAAGGUAUUGAUCCAUCACGAUCUAGACAGACUCCAUUCCCAUUCACACGGAAUCUCUCAGGUGAAUAUAUCAUAAAAUACGCUAGGAAAUUAUGGGAUGAAGCGACUCAACCUAUGAAAAAUGGAAGUAUGAAAUUGAAUAAUAUCGCACUUUCGUUUACAGGUUUAGAGAGGCUUGAAGGAGGUCAACAAGGUAUUGAAAAUUUCUUUGCUCAACCUCAACUCAAGUCGUCUAUUCCACCUCCCAUAAAGAGUGAAGAUCAAAGACCCGCUUUACUCAAUAAGGAGUCAUCAUCCACGUCUACCAUUCCAACAAUCAACAAUCUCGCUAAACGACCUUUAUCUCCUGAUCAAACCCCUUCAUCUAGCUCUUUAGUCAGUUCAGCAGGUCCAUCACCUAAAAAACCUAGAUUACCAACUUUACAUACUGGUACCGUCAAAAAGAAAAUGGGAUUAGAUGCGUUUUUAAGUAAAAAAGGAGAAUCGUCAACACCAAAUUACUACGUAAAGAGGGAAGAAUCACCUUCCCUGAACGUAAAGAAUGAUCUCAAACAUUUCGUGCUUGAUGAUGAUGAAGAUGAUAUAGGGUUGGUAGAGGGUAUCAACCCCAGCAAAGUAGCAGAAGACGGGACCUGGACUUGUCCCAAAUGCAGCCACCCUUUUACUGCAGAAGCCUCAAGUGAAGACAAAGCCUCGAUCGUAAAGGCUUUAAAGCAAGAACAUGAAGAUUGGCAUUUCGCAAUGUCAUUACAAGACGGCGGGGAUUCAUCCGUACCCAAGAGGCCGAAGGUAGCAGCAGGAUCAGGAGGGACGAAGAAGAAGAAGAAGAAAGUGGAAGGUAUAAAAGCUUUCUUCAAACCUAAAUGA